UGCCCAUGGCGAUCCCUCCUCGAUGGAACAACAGCGCCCUCUGAUGUCCUCAGCUUGGAGUCAGACGACGCUCACAAUACCUCCAGAUGUUGAUCUCAACGCGGUUUUGGGAGACUACAUGAAGUUUCACUCGGCACAAGACAAGCAAGCGGCCCAUCAAGUGAACCACAGCCGCGACUCGCUUCGACGAAAGCUCUUCUGCAACACCGUUGAAGCGAAGACGCACACUCCCGAGAGGCGUGAAAGUGAACGACUAAGCCUCUUGAUGGAUGGCCCGUUGAGGAGGCAGUCCUCAACACCCGUGCACAUGGCACUGUGCUCCAGCCCUAUCGGUGGGGGGUCCGGCAUACGCGCCCGUUGCAGCCAGGGCUCGAGCCCGGGUGGUGAAGGCAUGCAACUGUCACCGAUAUGCCGCCAGGCCUACACCAGGCCUCUGCUUGGAACACCUCGGCAGCAGCGAACCCUGAAACUCUCCGAGCCUGGCGAAUCUCCUCCCUCCACCGAUGAGGAUGACCGCACUGACGAGAGUGUGGUGACCAACGGAGGCGCCGGAGACAUGUCAGUGGUGACCGCUGCCGACCGGUCCGACUGCAUGCAGCUCAGUCCUUGCGCCAGCGGAUCGAAGCAGCCCGAGCCACUAUGACGAUGGCCACACUUUAGUCUUGCAAAAGAUUAUUUUUUUUGUCUUGACACUGCCGUC